UGCGGUUCGCUUUAUUUUCUGCAUGGGUGGAUCGGAUACGGAAAACUGCAUUUAGGAAGUUAAGGAUUUGUUACCAAUAGAUAAAGCACAUGGUGCGGAUUUACUGGAUAUUGCUGGUUCCUGCUAUAAUAAUUUACAAGGCCUAUUAACGACAGGCCUCAGGUGAGUGCCUGUCCAAUCUAUUACUACCCUAGUUGUUGGACUACUUGGUUCUCUCUUUCCCAUUUUAUAUUGCUGUACGGAGUUUAUUGGCGGUAAAACAAACUGCAGCUGGUUAUGGCAAUACGACUUAGCAACGGUGCGAAAGUUUUCAUACGGACAGGAGGCGGCAGGCGGUGUGGCUUGUUCUGGUAGGGCGUUUAGCAGCGCUCAUCUUCAAUCAUUCGUUUGGGAGGCGUGAAGCUACAAUUAUAUUAGAAUCAAGGCUUCUUAUUGACAGCCUACAGGUUAGUAGCUGUCCAAAAUUUGUACGCUGGUUUAUUGGUGCUGUGCAAGAUAUUUUUCAUUUUCAUUGAUCGACGGUGUCGGUGCUAACGCAACGGGAAACGGCUGAACCCUACGAGGUGGCGAUCGUUGUGAACCAUCAGAGCGGAGGACGUUGGAGAGUGAGAAGGCUGACAAAAAAGGGCCAAAAGGUCUGGUUGAUUGGUUUGAGUAUGGCCACACCAGUUAAGGAAAAAGUAAAAAAGCGGGAAACCAGUUAAGGAAAAAGUAAAAAAGCGGAAGGCGGAAAGAAUGAUUCGAUUUGUCAGUAUUGCAGUGAAAUGCAUAGUUUGGUUCGGUGUACAAAGUUUCAGAGUCUCGGGCUCAAAGAAAGGUUGGAUUUCAUCAACAGCAAGCGAUUAUGCAGCAACUGUUUCAAAGCGGGUCACUGGGUACGAGAUUGCAGCUCAAGGUUCAGCUGUAGAACUUGCGGUAGGAAGCAUAACACCAUGAUACAUCCUGGUUUUCAACCAGGUAACGGGGGAAACAACAACGAUAAAAUUUUGGACGGAAAUAAAACAGCAAAUGGCUCAGGACGGAGAGAUAAUGCAGCUCGUUCACAUGUGGUUGCAGAAACGCAAGUGGUGGAACAGAAAGAAGGAUGGAACAGGAUCACAGAUCAAUGUCAUGAGUGAGCGACUUUGCCAAAUGCUAAAGCUGAAAUGGAGAUCUAUAUGUGUUCCAAUAACAGGGGUUGGACAGUCGGAAUCCAUAGCGAGGCAUGCAAUUAAAACAACAAUUAGUUCGAGAAUUAGCGAAUUUUCUAUUGGCUUGGAAUUUUUAAUACUGCAGCGGGUGACGGCAGAAAUUCCUUCGAAGACAGUUUGUAUUUCCCAUUGGAAUAUUCCUAAAGAUAUUCAACUGGCGGAUCCACAGUUCAACAUUAGCGGUCGCAUCGAUUUGCUACUCGGAGCAGAACAUUUCUUCAGUUUCCUGUAUGAGAAUAAAAUGGAGAAGAUAGUCCUGGGUCCUCAGCUACCAAUAAUCGUAAAUUCCGUUUUCGGGUGGAUGGUAACUUGAAAAGAUGCGAGUGUACAGGCAGGAAGCGUGGUUCAGUGUUGUAUGGCAACCACCACCGAGAGUAUUGAGGAGCUGUUGGAAAAAUUCUGGAGAGUUGAAAGUUGUGAGGACCAUCCGGCAUGGUCAAAGGAGGAACAGGACUGUGAGGAGCAUAUUAGGGCUACGCAUUCAAGAUCAGAGGAGGGUCGCUACGUCAUUCAGUUACCGAAAUGUGUCAAUUGGGACCACAUGCUUGGUGAGUCACGAGUAACAGCGUUGAACAGAUAUAGGAAAUUGGAAAACCGGUUGGAGCAUGACAUUAAUAUGAAAGAGCAGUAUCAUGCUUUCAUGAAAGAAUACUUGGCUAUGGGGCACAUGCGGUUAUUAACUCAAGCGGAACAGCUGGAGGAGAGCAAAGGAUUGGAACGGCCAAGAGUUUAUUAUUUGCCUCACCACGCUGUGGUUAAAGAAUCCAGUUUCACUACGAGGGUACGCGUCGUAUUCGAUGCUUCGGCGCGUACGGAUAGCGGGUACUCUCUAAACAAUAUUCUUCUCAAGGGACCCCAAAUACAGGAUGAUUUGUUUAUUCUAUUGAUACGUUUCCGUAAGCAUGAAGUGGCGCUUGUAGGAGACGUAGAGAAGAUGUAUAGGCAGAUACUUCUGGACACAAAGGAUAUACUCCGGCUAAGGAUAUUUUUACGUUUCACGAAGGAUGGUCCCAUUGACGUCUACGAGUUACUUACUGUAACAUAUGGACUCACCCCUUCGUCCUUUUUAGCAACACGGGCGUUGCAGCAAUUGGCAGAAGACGAAGGAAAGGAGGGCACAAAGUCUCGGUCGGCACUGCUCAAAGACUUAUAUGUCGACGACUACAUUGGCGGAGCCUCAACUGUCGACGAGGCUAUCGAGCUGCGGAAGGAUUUGACAUCCUUGAUGGCGAAAGGAGGAUUUCCAAUUAGAAAAUGGUGUUCUAAUAGACCAGAAGUUCUGUCCGGUAUACCGGAGGAUCAACUAGGAACUAUUCUUACAAUAAAGUUUGAACUAAAUCCCGAAGAAAAGGUUCAAACGCUUGGUAUUACGUGGAAGCCGAAAGCGGAUCAGCUGAAGUUUUGCUACCAGGUAGGAGCUUAUGAAGGUAAAUGGACCAGAAGACGCAUACUAUCGAUAAUAGCCAAACUAUUCGAUCCCCCGGCUUGAUUUCGCCCGUGGUGGUUACUGCCAAGAUAUUCAUGCAGCAGUUAGCUUUGCUGCAAACUGGCUGGGAUAUUACCGUACCACCAGCACUAGAGCGAAAAUGGAGAGAAUUUUAUGGACAACUCUUUUUGUUAGAAGAGUUUAGUAUACCCAGGUUUUCUUUUGUAGCAGAUUACAUCGACGUUCAGCUUCACUGUUUCGCCGACGCUUCGGAUUUAGCUUAUGGGACAUGUCUGUAUGUUCGUUCAAUGAAUAAUCAAGGCAACGUACGCAUUGAGCUUCUAGCAUCAAAAUCUCGUGUGGCCCCUCUGAAACGAUUGACCAUCCCUCGAUUAGAGCUCUGCGCGGCUAGAGAAGCCGCUCGUCUGUUUCAGGUUGUUAUCAAAGCUCUUUCGUUGGAUAACGUGCAGGAAUUUUUUUGGUCAGAUUCAACUGUGGUUCUGCAUUGGAUAAAGGCGCCACCCAGUACUUGGAAAACAUUUAUAGCAAACCGAGUAUCCACUAUCCAGACAGCAACCUUCGGGCAUCCCUGGCGUCAUGUGAUGGGUAAGGAGAACCCCGCCGAUCUGGUUUCUAGGGGAAUGGCUGUCAAGGAUUUGUUAAGCAGCGACCGUUGGAAACACGGACCAUCGUGGUUGCGGCAGGCGCCAUCAACAUGGCAGCAGGUAGAGUCUGAAUUAAUACCUCAAGAAGUGGAUAUGGAGCCCAGAGUCAUCGCUCAUGCGAACAUCGUCGCGAAAGCACCUAAUUUUAUUUUCUCUGUACGGUCUUCAUUUCUUCCAAUGGUAAGUAUUGUCGCUUUUUGUUUGCGAUUUGCGGAAAAUUGCCGGAAAUCCACCCAACGAAACAACUCGUUAUUUUUAACAGUAAAUGAGAUCAAUUAGCAAAAAUGUUACUUGUGCGGCUAGUUCAAGAGGAAUGUUUUCCAGAGUAAAUCAAGACGUUAAAGAAGCAUCAUCAAAUUCCAUACCAAUCCUCAUUGAAACUUCUUUGUCCCUUUCUGGAUAAUGAGUGCAUUAUCCGAGUUGGCGGUUUGCAGCACUCUCUUGAGAAUUAUGCCACGAAACAUCCCGCAGUUCUUCCAAAAUCACAUAUAUACACCCGCCUGCUUAUCGAGCAUUACCAUCUUCAAACCCAUCAUGGAGGAUGCCAAGUUACACUCGCCGUUAUGAGACAAGAAUUUUGGCCAGUUCAUGGCAAAAGAGCGGUAAGCGCUGUACUCAGAAAAUGCCAUAAAUGUUUCCGUUCAAACCCCACAUCAAUACAACAACCCAUGGAACAGCUGCCAUCUACUCGAGUACGCCCAGCAAGACCAUUUCAAAUAACUGGUGUUGACUUUUGUGGCCUCUUCUAUUUGAAACCCCCACACCGAAGAGCAGCCCCCACCAAAUAUUACAUAUCGGUCUUCAUAUGCUUCACGACCAAGGCUAUACACCUUGAAUUGGUUAUGGAUCUUUGGAUCUUUCAACAGCCGGAUUCCUAUCUGCGCUACGACGGUUCAUUGGACACCACGGAUUACCGUCGCAAAUUCAUUCCGAUAAUGCAACUAAUUUUCAAGGUUCGAAGCAUGAACUACACGAACUGUAUAGGAUCCUCAACAGUAAAUCUGGCCAGCAAAUUAUCGGAACGGAACUGUCCCACCAAGGAAUCACCUGGCACCUAAUUCCACCCCGCGCUCCCAAUUUCGGUGGAUUAUGGGAGGCAGCAGUGCGAUCUGCAAAGACCUGCCUGAAAAAAGAAAUAGGUACCAGCCAAUUGAGUCAUGAGAACUUUUGCACCUUGCUUGUACAAAUAUCGGCCGCUUUGAACUCUAGACCUCUAGCCCCCUUGUCGAACGACCCAAGAGAUCUAGAUGCCCUUACGCCAGCCUAUUUUUUAAUCGGGUCAUCAAUGAAAGCUAUUCCUGAUGCCGAUCUAACCGCCAUACCCACAAACCGCUUAGACCAUUAUCAGCAACGCCAACAGAUGUUUCAAAGGUACUGGCAGCGCUGGAGUCAAGAAUACAUCACUGGCCUACCGCAAACAAACAAAAAUCUUCAACCCAAUACCAUUAAAAUUGACAGCAUCGUGAUUCUUCGGGAGGACAAUUUGCCUCCCCUACAAUGGCCCCUAGCAAGAAUAAGUGAAGUGCACCCUGGAGCAGACGGAGUUGUACGAGUUGUCACUGUCAGGACUGCUAAAGGGACAUACCACCGUCCAGUUAACAGAAUUUGUCCAUUGCCUCAUGAAGAUGCGGUCGACACAUCUUUAGAUAUAAAUGAUAAGUAGAUUUAAGCAAUUAUUAAGAAAUUUUGUUGAAAUUAAGUUUCAAGGCGGGCGGAAUGUUUAGUGUUAGACAUUUAACUGUUAUAAACUAAGCACACACAGAAGACAUUUACUGAAUUCACCCUAAUAUUAUAAUAAACUCUGAGCACAAAUGUACGAAGACAGAUCACAGGCACGAUAUCAGUAUCUGAGAGGAUCAGUAUCAAGCCGAUUGCCCAACAAGGAAGGUUAAAAUACAGUCGCGCGUGCGCUAUUUUUAAAAUUUCUAUAAACGGCUAGUUUCGUAUCUCCGAUAACAAAAUAGUUUGAACAAAAAUAACACAACGUAGGAUUUAUAUAUUCGUAUAAGUAAAGGUCACUCUGGCUCAAUCAACGAACCAACAUUCCCCAACAUAUACCUUCACCAUAAUUGGUCAUUAUUUUGUUGACCAUAUAAAAGGUUUGUGAACCAUCAGUUAAGAAUUACUGUGACAAAGCAAUUUUGAAGCAUUCUCAAUUGAUUGUCCAGCAAUAGAACAAAUGAAACGUGUGAAAAUAAAUAUAUCCUUCAUUGUACCUGAUUGCAAUACCUCUCAGAAGAUACCUUUCUUUUUCGUUUGGCUCGGAUUUUGACAUGUUCGUUUGGCUCACAACAUUCUCUUCGCAUAUCUCUCCCUCUGAGUAUUGCUAGUCUACACAUGAUAAGUAGAAUAUGGUACAACCACAGAGAAACAAACAAAAUGAUUUGAACAAAUUUCCAAUAAAAUCAUCGUUCGAAUAAAGGCCUAAACACAAUGUACACGUUGCGGCUGCGUUUGCGGCAAUUUGACAAAUAGCCCAUACAUUUUCUGUCAAAUUAACGUCAACGCAACGCAAACGUAUCCAUCCGUUAGUAAAGGCCCAAACACAAUGGAUACGUUGCGGCUGCGUUUGCGGCAAUUUGACAGUUAGCCCAUACAUUUCCUGUCAAGUUAACAUCAACGCAACGCAAACGCUUCCAUUGUGUUUAGGCCUUAACACUAGCACCAUCUGCUGCCGUGUUCGCGCUGUGUCUUGUAUUUCGACAUCAGUGCUAGCGUACAUGCGUGUGUCAAAUUGGGAACCACAAAAUAUGUAUGAGAUUGCAUGACAGCACCCCAGGCGGCGUGUCGCGCGAGGGAAAUCGUUUUUUGUGGCGAUGGAGUUAAGUUUCAGUGUUACGUCUGUUAGUUUGUGGUGUAACGGUUUGAUCAAGAAGUAGGCGCGUGCAUUUUUUUGUUUUGUUUUGAAGAGUUGGAGAGCAUCACUACGCAACAGGAAGAAACUUUUGCUUGUUUGUUUGUAUAUUCUUUCUCACCAGGAAAAGGAAUAUCACAAUUUUCUUGUUACCUUGUGAGGCACUUUUGAGAAGCACAAAUCUUGAUGACAACUAGGAGCUAGACCACUUUAUUUUUAAUAGAAAUAUUUCGGUAAUAGGGGAACUGCUCCAUUAUUCAUCUCAGCAUAUAUAUUCAUCUCAUACAACAUGAAAACACAAUUGGAAACAGGAAAAAAACGCAUAUUGUCUAACUAAACCAAUCUGCUAAUCCAUGGAAUGGAUUCUUCUUAGUUCAGUUUAAAUUUCUCAUAAAUUAGAAUCCUCAAAAACUCACUUAAAAGCUCUAAAUUUGAUAUUAUAGUCGGGCAUCUGCACUCGAAAACUGAUUUAAUUCAAUCACCUACCUCAGAAAACAAAAUCCGCACAUUGUUCUAUACGGCUACAACGGGACUCGUCCAGCAGCCAACCAAAGUUUUUUUCAUCACUAGCGGACCACUUUUUAUUUUAAUCACUAAACAAAAUCACUCACUACACUAAAAAUACCUUAAUCUUUGAAACGUUCACCUCAAAUUCCAAAAAACAAGCUUGAAUUAGCAGAAAUAUAUGAGAUGAAUUUUUACAAUUCCCUAAUUUCAACUGAAUGUAUUUUCAUCUGUUUUCACUGCGUUGAAGAAAAUCAAAAUUUUUAAAUCAGUUUCUGUUAAUACGAAUAAAUCAUACUGAAACACAUAACAUAAUUGACAUAAAUCGACAGCACUGCAGUGGUUACCUAGGUUACCAAUUUUGCACCUAAACAACUACAGCGAAUAUCUAGAUAGCCUACUACGACGGGCUGCGGCUACGUUAAUUCAUGAUAAUGUGAUUCUUUCAUGAUUAACAGUGUGAUGAAUAUGGGGGCGUUGUGAGAUGAAUAAUUGAACAGUGAUUUAUGUUUUGAGAUGGACAUGAGAGCGUUGUGAAAAAUGGUUUGUUUUACAAAAUUCAGGAUAAAUAUAGCUAAGUUUACAAAAUAUACAAUGCUGAACGAUUCCAUAAGAGCACGUAAGCGUAUUUUGUUUAUUUGUUCAAUGAUUUCGUGAAAAUUUGGUGUCUAAUCCGUGCAUUCUUCGUGAAUAUCGACUUAAUGAGAUGAAUAAUGGAGCAGUUCCCCUAUUAAAUGAUAUUGGUGAAUAUAUUUUGUUAUUUAUCGUUUAUCUGUAACAUUCAUAUCACUCUGACAAUAUUGUUAUGUCAAGGAGUGGUGAUAUAGGCAGACUACUGCCUGAAAGUGCAACAAUUGAUUCUUUGUAAUAUCGGAUAUUAGCAAUAUUUCGCAAUUUAUCAAUAGUGUCUUGCACCUAGGAUAACAAGAUAUGUAAAGUUGUCAUACAUACAAUUUGAAUGCAUCUAAAUGAUCGAGAAAUUUGAGCGUCCCGUUUUCCAUUUUAUUCAGAUGAUACCUACUCGGAUACUGAUUAGUCAACAGACCUAUGUAUAAUUACCUCAUAUCAAGAUCAUUUUUCCCAAGAUUUAGUAUGGUCCAGGCUCAUAUUACACUUUGUCUUAUAAAUCUUUUAGCUUUUGGCAUUACAGUUUGACUCUUCCUAGACAUUUCUUAAGUUAUUAUUUUAAUCCUCAGAGCGCACUCCGAAACUCCACCAAAUGGUUACGAACCAAUAGAUAUGAUCCUGAACCUUCUCUUGCUUAACUGUCGGCUUUUUCAUUUCAUUCAAUACCACGAUGGCUAGGCACUUCGUUCCUUCUAGCCAAUUGUCUUAAGCCUGUAGUACACUCUUUGUCUAAUGGUCAAAUUUAUCUGACAUCAUGGUAGUUGUUUGCCCGUGUUUGCCCCAUGUUAAAAUUGGAGAGUGACAAACAAUUAUCUUUGACCAAAUUUUUAUCUGUCAAAAAGUGACAAAUAUUUGACGCUUGGUCAAAGAGUGUAAUACAGGCUUUAAUAAAAGAAUAUUAUAUUCCCACACUGGUUUCGAUUUACAUGUGAAAGAUUUAAGCGUUUUGGGUGCUGCUGCUAUCGGAAAAUAUGCAGAUUUUUGCAAAUUUGUAUUUUCUUUUUGAACAGAUAUCAAAUUAUUCAGUAAAAGCAUUAAUUUCUGUUAAAAACCCGUUGGAUUAUGCCCCAUUUGUAUAACUUUACUGAUUCCAUGGCCAACCACCCCUGCUCCAGUAUUUCCACCCAUUUUCGACCCAUCGGUAUGGACCAUCACAUUUCCGACAGUAAGUGGUAACUUUGUUCACGUUUUGGAUUUAAGCGGUAUCCAUAAAUAACGUAACGCUCAUAGGGGGAGGGGGGUAUCCUUGAGCACUACGAUUUGUUACACAGGAGAGGGGUGAGUUCAGCGUUACGUAACAAAAAAUCUCUGGAAAGACUCUCCAAAAACAUCUUCAUCACGCAAAUCCUUCCACAGCGUUGCGUAAUUCAUAGAGGGGGGUAAGUGUUGGCGUUACGUUUCCUGUGCGUAGUGAAAAUACUGCUCAAUCUAAAACCAGUCAUUCCGCAUCUUAUGUUCUGAACUCACAUUUCAUAUAAAAUAUGAUUCAUUUUUAAGGCUUUAUAUUAUUCACUUUUUGGUCACUAUUUAAAUGAAAACAGUCACUUAAGUCACUACAUUUCACUCCAGGUUUGCUACUUGCUCUGUAACGCUACAUGAGAAGGUCCAUACAACCUUCCGGUAUUUAAAUUAGGUGUAGGCAGUCGUUUCAAUUCUGAAAAAAGUAUGUGCAUUAAUUCUCAUAUACCCGAUUAGACCACUUAGUAAAGCAUUCGAUGCAGAAAUUUCCUCCUUCAAUGCAUUGCGUGCAACCGUCCAAAACAAACUGUCGCUGAAAGGUUAAAGUCGAUGACCUUAGCACUCGAACGUCUACUGCCGCUGGUGUGCAGCCAAAUAGAUUAGGUUAAGUCCAGCAGAAUUGUUCGAAACCGUAGCGUAACGGA